CCUAAUAAUCCUCGACGUUAACUACGCUUUCCCCUCCCCUCUCCGAGUCCAAAACCAAGCAAAAUCGAAUCGGAACGGACCAAAAUUUUCCCCAGGCACUGAUCCGGCGGGUGGACGCUAAUGCGGCGCCGUUAGAGGGGUCUGCUGCGCCCGUGGGCUUCGCCGUCACCGGCGGCGGGCAUGGAGGUCCAGAACGGCGGCGGCGGCGGCGGCGCGGCGGUGGUCCUCAACGUGUACGACCUGACGCCCAUAAACGACUACCUCUACUGGUUCGGCCUCGGCAUCUUCCACUCCGGGAUCGAAGUUCAUGGUUUGGAAUAUGCUUUUGGAGCCCAUGAUCUCUCAACCAGUGGGGUUUUUGAGGUUGAACCAAAAUGUUGCCCUGGCUAUGUCUAUAGAAGAUCGGUAUGGAUGGGUACAACUGAGAUGUCUAGGGCAGAGUUCCGCUCGUUCAUUCAAACUCUUGCAGAAAAGUACAAUGGGAAUACAUAUCAUUUGAUUUCAAAGAACUGCAACCAUUUUACAGAUGAUGUCUGUAAGAACAUAACCAAAAAACCAGCCCCUGGAUGGGUAAAUCGGCUAGCAAGAGUGGGUUACUUUUUCAAUCGCCUCCUACCAAAAAGCAUUCAAGUCUCUACUGUUACUCAUGGAGCAACCCAUCCUGCAUUCUCUGAUGAUGAUGUGGAUUCAUCAGGUUCAUCCCUUAAUGGGGACAGUGAUAUGGAUGACCUGGACCAGCACCUGCUACCAGCCGCAGGCACUGACCUUCAAUCUAUAGUCAUGUCACCAAAGCUAUCGAAAGAUCUUGUUUGAAUUAUCCUUCCAUUUGGGUUCCCUGCUGCAGUUUAACGGGUCGUACUUCGCCAGCUUGUGUGAUAUCCAAGUAUAGUUGAAUGUUGAUUGUAUUGAUUCUUUUCCAACGAGUUUUGCUGUGUACGCAUAUAGGAAUUGUCUGUCUGGUAAAGAAGUGAUUUUGCAACUCUUUGUAUUUUGCUCAGUUGUUGCAUAGUUCUUCAGGCAUCAGUAUCUUGUGUUCUCGUAUGCUGCCAGGCGCAGGCAAAUGCUGUCAUCCUUCGCUGCAACGGUCUGAUGUUUGUGAUGAAUAUCUGAAUUGGCAGCAUGCCGUGGUCAUAUUAGCACAAGCUUGAAACCCUGGUCUAGCGCACUGCUUGUACGGCCACAGAAUAUGCUGUCACAAAUGAGUACCAUGUAAACUUAAAUCAGUAUAUUGUAAUAUAUUUUUGUUUUU